AUGAAUGGGCAUCUUUCGCAUUUGGUGGCAGUAUCUUCCCAUCUCAUGAGCUUCGUCCGGCAACGAAGGAAGGUCGACGCGAUCAAGCCGCCACCACUGCUUCGCUUGCCAGAACUGGCGUUGCUGGAGACAUGGGCUUUGGAUCUUUUGAAGAUGACAGCGAAAUUCGGGAUUCAUUUGAGCGAUGAUCCCAAUGCUAUCUACAAAUACAUUCCUGCCCUCAGUCCAGAGAACUCGGUGCUUUACCAGAAGUACGCAAAAAAAUCAUCAUAUACGAUCUCUGUCUCUGGUAUAACAAAUACAGACUGGGAUGAUUGUCUUGCUCGGGUAUCAAAUGGUUCUGAUUCUGCAUUGUAUAUUGCAGUGUCGGCGGAGUAUCUUGCUCUUGCGAACGGCCGACCGAAUGGCAGGAUUCGGCUGUGGAGUAAUGCCAUCUUCCAAGACCACUCUGGCUUCAAUCCUGGCGAGCCGAUAUGUUCCAUCUCUUUUAGCGACUCUGGCUCGCUCCUGGCCUGCUAUUGCCUGGAUAAUACGUACGUGUGGAGGGUAAGUCACCGGACUGUCGUCGCCAAGAUCGAAAGCCCCCACCAGGAACGACCAAAGUCUCUGAGGUUCGGACAAGACGAAUCGUUUCUCAUCGUUGCUACUGACUUUCGUCGUGUGUAUCGACUGGAUUUUGAUAACAAUACCCCAACAUGGCUUACCUAUGGCCCCUCUCUUCUCCUGGAAACUUCACUACCCGAGGGAGCGUUUGUCAAUACCCCAUCCUCGGUUGACUUCAGCCCAGAUUGCACACAGCUUGCUGUCGCCUAUCGAAACUUCCCUCUGGCCGUUUGGAAUAUUGACCCACCGGAAGUUAUUGCCAGGUGCAGACAAAAGGAGAAACAGGGACAGACAACGAACACAACAUCCUGGACAGGUGUCAACCGUGUGGUCUGGCAUCCCUUCAGUGGCGAGGUUAUCGGAAUCAAUCGUGACGGCAAUGUCUUCAAGUGGGGUCCGAUGGACGACAGCUACGAAGAGGUGAAACAGGAGUCAGAUAACACGCCAUCGGAUAUCCAGUGUUGUCCCAAUGGCGUUGUCUUCGCCACCAGCGACGUGAGAGGCUCAGUCAGAAUUUACGACUACUCGCAUAUGAUUCAGAUGUAUAAACUAACUUCGGAUUCUAUGGUCACGAAUAUUACAUUUAGCCCCGACAGUCGCAGACUCUAUGAUCUGCGUGGGUCCUGGUGCAAUGUAUGGGAGCUAAAUUGUUUGAUCAGGAUCAAUGACACCAGCAUAGGUCCAUCCGAGGAGAGCGAGAGCGUGAAUAGGUACGAACAGAAAAUAAAGACCGGCUGGGUCUCGGAACUAGACGACAACAACGGCUCCAUGAUCUUGUUGCCAACGUCCGAAGCGUAUGCCGAUACCAAGCCGCCAAUCACGGCAGUGGCAAACUGCGCGAGGAACCAGAAUAUCUUCGCGCAUGCCACAGAGGAUGGAAAGAUUGAGAUCUGUGAUAUAGAGACCAAACGCAAACACCUCAUUACGGAAUGUACUUUCGGCAUGGAUAUUGUCCACUUCGCCCUGGCCCAGUGCGGUGAGUACGUUGCGUACUGCUUGCUUGAUGGGCAUGUCACGGUCAGGAGCAUCGACUUGUCAAAACCGGAGAAAAUUUCCACGAAAACAGUCUUUGCGGAGACAAAGUCUAUCAGCCGCGGCCAUAUCAGACAGAUUCUUUUCGACAGCAAAUCUGAGCGACUGUUAGUCUGCGGCACAGAGAGACUUCAGGUCCUCUGUCUCGCAGACAGUAGCAUAACUGCUGAGAUAGAAAUCGACCCCUCAGAUCCACCUGCACAAUGGGACAAUCACCCAACAGAUCCGACUAUCCUACUGGGCAUAACAAUGGGCAAAGUUAAUGCAUUAUCUUGGGAUGCCCUCGAAUACAAGUAUACCCUCUCGCAAAAUCUUGUCGGCGACAGCUCCGAUAGUCAGUCGGCACCAUCUCUGAAACUGGAAGCUGUGUCGCAAUCAUACCACCCCAAAAUGCAUCUCGCAACCACGUCCGAGAACACCGCGAAUGGCAGGCGUUUUCGCUUUCUGCUACUGGAUACCUCAGUGCUAUAUGAAGAUCAGACGGGCUCCUCCUCUUCUGAUGCGAUCAGCGCUGUACAUAUCCCGCCUGCUAUUGCCGAAUGCAUGGAGCAGCCGGUUGGAAUUCUUGCAGAUGGCCGUCUCGUCUUCCUUGACAAUGCCCUAUGGGUGUGCACGGCGCAGCUAUGGUUACCAUCCACUCGCGGGUUGGAAACUACAGUGAUAAGACACUUUUUUAUCCCUCGCGACUGGCUGAAUAGCGCGGGGCUAGGGCUAUGUAAGGUGCAGGCGGAUGGGAAGUUCUUGUGCCCCAGCAAGGGUGAGAUGGCGGUGAUUAGGACCAACAUUGGGACAGACUGGUGA